AGUGUUGUGUGUAGUGCGUACAUGCGUACCUCAAGUACCUAGUCAUGGAUUUAAUAAGUAGGUAGGUACUUCGGAGUACCUACUAAUUCCAUGUGCGUAGUGCGUACCUACAGUCUGUCCAGACUUCAUUAGAGCUUCAGUUUUACCAGUAGGUAGUAACUGCCACUGACUCAGUGUAUCCAGUGUUAGUCAGUGCCGAUAUUGCAUGACUGCAUGGGAUCUAGGCAACUGUUUCGCUCUGUAACUUUUACCACAUCGGUGAAUUUAUCACGGAAAAUGAGCAUCGAUAUUGGAGGAAUGAGAAUUAAAUAUAAGGAUAAGAAAGAUACAUUUUUAGAGAAGCAUCUAGUUUCAAGAGAGCCAUUUGGACAAUUUAAAGCAUGGUUUGAAGAAGCCUGUGGCAGGAAAGAGAUUUUAGAGCCCAAUGCUAUGUGUCUGGCAACCUCAUCUAAAGAAGGAUAUCCCUCAGCAAGAUUUGUUCUUUUGAAGGGUUAUGGAAAGGAAGGUUAUAAAUUCUUUACUAACUAUGGGAGUAGGAAAGCAAGGGAAAUGAAUGAAAAUCCAAAAGUAGCUGCCACAUUUUACUGGGAAGUAUUGAACAGAUCAGUAAGAAUUGAGGGUCAUGUAGAGAAACUCUCAAAAGAAGAAUCCACAAGAUAUUUCCAUACUCGUCCUGUACCAAGUCAAAUAGCAGCUUGUGCCAGUUUCCAAAGCACUCCAAUAGAGUCCAGGGAUAUAUUGUGCGAAAGAGAAAAAGUAUUAGAAGCAGAUUAUUUGAUACCAGGAAAAGAAGUUCCUAAACCAGAUUAUUGGGGUGGCUACAUCAUUCGUCCUAGGGCAGUGGAGUUUUGGCAAGGUCAGAGGGACAGGCUACAUGACAGAAUAAAGUUCAGGAAGCCAAAGGAGGGAGAAGUGCCUGAUGGCAAGCUACUGCACCAGGGAGAUGAUGGCUGGGUGUUUGAAAGACUUUCUCCUUAAGUGAAAAUGUCAUUUACUAUUUAUAAUUCUGUUGUUUUAGUAUUUUGAGGCUGGCUGGUGUGGCUGGCAUCAAUGUUAAGUUUUUUGAAUUUUUAAAUGGUUAUAUAAUUUUUUUAUGAAAAUAUAUUUUGAAAAUUGUCUUCCAUAAAUAAAAAAAUAUUAUAAGAAAUAAAUGUUUAUUGUUAUAA